AUGACUUUACACUUAAUUAAUCCUCGUAUCCUAUCGCAAUCACAUAAACUGAUGGUAAUGAUGUCAUCUUCAGCUUCAUCUUCCUUAAGAAAUAAUGUCUUGGUUCCAAAAAUACAAUUGACUGAAAAGGAAUCUCAAAUUUGUAAAGUCUUAAAAGAUUUCACUAAAGAAUAUAAUUCUCAUAGUCAUAUUAAAGAUAAAAAUAAUAAUGGUGACCCUUUGACUUUAAGAAUCACUGGUGGGUGGGUUCGUGAUAAAUUAUUAGGUCAAGGAUCGCAUGAUCUUGAUAUCGCUGUUAAUAAUAUGACAGGUGAACAAUUCGCAAUGAGUUUAAAUGAUUACCUGGUUUUACAUUAUUCUAAAUAUGGUAUUACACCACAUUCAAUUCAUCGUAUUGAAAAAAAUCCAGAAAAAUCAAAACAUUUAGAAACGGCAACAACAAGAUUAUUCGACACAGAAAUCGAUUUUGUCAAUUUAAGAUCCGAAGAAUAUUCAACUAUAUCAAGAAUCCCAACAAUUGCAUUUGGGACUCCGAAACAAGAUGCUUUACGUAGAGACGCUACUUUAAAUGCUUUGUUUUAUAAUGUACAAAAUGAAACAAUCGAGGAUUUAACUGGGAAAGGUAUUCAAGAUUUAAAAGCAGGUUUAUUAAGAACUCCAUUACCAGCAAGACAAACCUUUUUGGAUGAUCCAUUAAGAGUACUAAGAUUGAUUAGAUUUGCAGCUAGAUUUGAUUUUAAAAUUGUUCCUGAUGUCUUGCAAGAAAUGGGCGAUCCUGAAAUUAAUAUCGCUUUCGAUAGUAAAAUAUCAAAGGAAAGAAUAGGUAAUGAAAUGGAAAAAAUUUUAAAGGGGCCAAAUCCAAAUAUUGCAUUACAUCUAAUUCAGAAAUGUCAUUUGGAAAAUGUUGUAUUCUUUUGGCAUCAUGAUAUUACUCUUGUAGAAUUAAAUCAAAAACAAUUAGGUUCUCAAUAUGUGAAUGAAAUUGAUCAAAUUUAUUCGAAGGGAAUCUUAAAUAAACAUUUAUUAAAUUUUUGGAAUCAAAGGUUAAAUUUUUUGAAAGAAAAUACUUAUUUACAAGAAAAAGUUAAUGAAGAUCCCAUUUUCAAACAAAAUUAUAUUCUGGCCGUUGCAUUGUUACCAUUCUCUCAACGUAGAAUCAUUGCAUUCCAUAAGAAAAAAUUGAAUAACACGAUGUCUGUAGUGGAAUCAAUCGUUAGAGAAGGUUUAAAACUUAAUAAAAUGGAUGGGAUUAUUGUUGGGAAAUGUGUAGAUUCCAUCUCCAAAUAUCAUCAAUUUGUGACCCAAUUUAUCGCUGACCCUUCAAGUGUUCAGAGAUCUGAUCUUGGUUUAUUUAUUAGAUCAUUCGAAUCUCGCUAUCUUUUGGCUCAUUAUGUGUCUUUAAUGAAUGAAUACCUUAAGGAAACAAAUCCACAAAGACAAAUUCAACUUAUAGCACAUUAUAACGAUUUCUAUCAAUACGUUAAAGAUCAAGAUUUAUUAGAGUGUCAUAAUUUGAGACCUAUGAUAGAUGGUAAAAAAUUAUUAAAGUUAUUAAAUGUAAAAUCCGGUCCAUGGAUGGGAUUGGUUAAUAAUGAUAUUAUUGUAUGGCAGUUGGAUCAUCCACAAGGCACCGAGGAGCAACUAUUAGAUUUCGUUAAAGAAAUUUUACCAAAAUAUAUUAAAUAG